CUUUUUCAUAUACUUUUAGGUUUAAUUAUGGCAAGUCUGGAGUUAGCAUUGACUUUGCCAAAGGAAAAAAUAGAGUUCGUUGUGAAGGAUGACCGGUUUAUUUGUCCAAUCUGUGAGUGUGUUUUACGAAGACCGAUGCAGCUUCCGUGUGGACACUGUGUAUGUGAUGGUUGUAUCACUACUCUAUUUGAUUCUGAUGGUUAUUGUCAUUGUCCUAUGAAUCAAGAUAGCUGUAUUGAAACGUUCACUGAAUCUGAGAUUCAUAAUGAUUAUGGUUUGAGAAGAGAUAUUUUGUCUGCCACUGUACAUUGCCCAGAAAAGAAAAAUGGCUGUCCAUACACUUCAAAACUCGAACACAUCGAGAGACACUUGUCGUCAGAUUGUCAGUGGAGGCUUGUAAACUGCACAUUUAAAGACAAAGGAUGCGAUGGAAACAUACGUUACAAGGACCUACAGAAUCACAUUUCCACAUUGUGCUUACAAGCUCCCGUUGUGUGUGCCUUCUGUCAAUUGCCAGUUUUAAGAGGCAAGAUAAGGGAACAUCAGGAAGAUAUAUGCAAAGAUAUUUCAUUAUCUUGCCCGUAUGGAUGCGGAAUUCAAUCUUUAAAGAGAGACAGAAUGACACAGCAUAUGGCAGAAUGUUGCAACAGACUUAUUCCUUGUCGGUAUCAGAGUUUUGGCUGUACAUUUAAGGGUAAAAUUCACGAACAUAAUUAUCAUGAGGAAAUAUUUCCGCACAAACACCUUGAAAUGAGUGUGAUGGUAGUGAAAGACCUCUUGCAAGGAAAAGAAAAGACCAGAAUUGAAAUGAAGGGAAUAGCUAAAGAGAAUCAGUGUUUGCUCAAUACUGUUAAUAUGUUAACAGAAGAGAUGAAACAAGUCAAAACCUUCCUCGGGAUACCAAAGAAUUUUGCAGACAUUGCUCUACGUCAAUCCAGGAGUCUUCCUACAGCAUUGUCAACAUUGGUGGAAAAGCCGCAAACACCUAUACCAACAUGUAUGUCUGUCCCACGUACUAAACCACACAACCAAAGAUCUCGUCAUAACUCAUCUAGCAGUUGAAAAGACAAAAACACAUAUUAUGUGUAAAAAGGUCAUCUAUCUGCGAGUGCCUUUUUAGAUAUAUCUCAUUUGACGUUAGAUGAUUUAUUUUUAAACAAAAUAUCAU